AUGGUGGAAAAACAAAUGACUUCCAAAAACAACGAGCGUCGUGGGUCUGUGCCUCCGAAGAUAGUGGUGUGUCCACCAGUCGAAGAGGUUGCAGAACCGAUAAACGCUGCACGUAGGGGACGGCUGCUUAAAGCUCUAAGCAACCGACUCUCGCGGAAAAACAAUGACUCGGAUUCAGUGGACAGUUCAAGUAGCAGCGAUAGUGGUGAAAACGGACGCCCUGAUGACCGCUCUUCUUGCUCCGCUAGUGAAUCGGGAAGCGACAAGUCAGAACAUCACCGUCGACAUAGCUCUAUAGUGUCACUACGCCGUGUGUUCCGAAAGCUAAACUUGACAUCGCGUUCUCAAUCGAGUUCUCCCACAGAACGAACACGCCAGCCUAAGAAGCAAUCACAGCCAAAGAGGAUUCUUCGCCCACCUGUAACUUACACGUACGUGCGUGGACUAUCCGGUUUACCUACACAAAGGGUACCAUUACAUACAGUUUGCUGCAAUUCCAUGGGGCUAAAUCGAUAA